CCUUUUUAAUGCACCGCAUCUGACACCAGAGUGUGCUGCAUGUUAAUUAAACAUGACAUCUAACAUGAGCUCGUCUAUCGGACGGCGUUCCAACUUAAAGAUAGCUAGUGGUGCUAUAGUUUGCGAUGAAAGUAUCUUGAAAGGAGAUAUUACUAUCGGAACAGGAACUGUUGUACAUCCUAGGGCCAGUAUUUUGGCAGAAGCUGGACCAAUUUUUAUCGGAGAAGGGAAUAUUAUUGAAGAGAUGGCAACUAUUGCUAACAGAUUACCACAUCCUGAAAGUGAUAUGGUACCUGUACAAAUAAUUGGUAACUACAAUGUUUUCGAAGUUGAUUCUACCUGCGAGUCACAUAAAGUUGGUGAUAACAAUAUUUUAGAAACUAAAGCUUACAUUUCUCAAGAUGUCGAAUUAACUAACGGAUGUGUAAUAGGAACAGCUUGUUCCCUGGUAGAACCAGAAACUGUUUCUGAAAAUACUGUAAUAUAUGGCAGCAGAUGUCAACGAAGAGAAAUGAAUGAUAAACCAUUUCCACAAGUAGGACAAUUGGAUUAUCUUAGAAGGAUACUACCAAGUUAUCAUCACUUAAGAAAACCUAAUGUCAAAUCAAUGAAAGGUGAACCGACAGUAUAAUCUCACAUUGACAUCAUUCCUGUCAAAACGAUAUAAAAAUACUUAAUUCAAAUGAUGAAAUUAUUUAUAGAUAUAAUAUUUAAAUUUGUAUAU